AUGCUCGAUCUUGAAGUAGUCACUCUCAGUAGCGUCGUGGGUUCAGAGAUUCCAGACAGUGGAUUCCAAGGCAACACUGACUGCAUGGCUAUCCUGGUCCGGCAGAAUGCUGAAUGUGGUGGAGGGCGCACAGACGAUGAGACAUGCAGGGUGGGUUCAGGGCCACAGAUUCACACAAACAACACAGCAGCGGUCUCCUACAUCAACAAGGAAGUCCUCAUCGCUGUCAGCUCUGGAGAUGCAAAUUCUUCAUUGGUGCCUGGAAUGCUAUGUGGAGCUAACUGCACACCACAUUCCAGUGUAUUCCAGUGUAGUCAAGUCAAGUGGACGCCCUUUCGCAGCAACUUCUGUUUCCAGAACACGAAGUGGCAGUUACGCCCAAAAUUGGGUUUGGGUCUAGCGUUCUCGGGAAAUGCCGAUCCAGUCACCCUAUCAGCAUUAUGCUUUUACUAUGGGGACGACAUUGCCAAGUUGGCUAUCGUGGAUUACGUCAUUCUUGGUCUUAUGUUGUUGGUAUCGGUUGCUAUAGGCAUUUACCACGGAUGUACGGGGAAUAAACAACGGACUACUCAGACGUACCUAGUUGCUGACCGAAAAAUGAAUUUUAUUCCUGUUGGUGUUUCUAUCAUGGCAAGCACUACGUCGGCAAUCGCUUUACUGGGUACCGUCGCUGAAAUAUAUAUGUAUACUACAAUGUUUGUGUGGAUAUUUGUAGCUUUUCUGAUAAUGAUACCUUGUUCUGCACACCUUUAUCUGCCAGUGUUUUAUAACUUGGGAAUAACUAGUAUAUACGAGUACUUGGAAUUACGUUUCUCUAAACCAACACGAAUAAUCUGUACAUUGAUAUACAUUAUAUACAAGGUGUUGUACCUUGGAAUUGUUAUAUAUGCUCCGUCUCUUGCGCUGAGCGCUGUAUCUGGUUUGAAUUUAUUCAGCUCAACUCUCACUGUUGGAAUUGUAUGUACUUUCUACACAGCUAUAGGAGGUAUGAAAGCUGUGGUAUGGACCGAUGUGCUUCAAUCUAUUAUCGUAUAUGCCGGAUUGUUAGCUGUCAUCAUUAAAGGAACAAUCAUAUUGGGAGGAAUCCAGAAUGCUUGGCGAAUAGCAGAAGAAGGUGGGCGGGUAGAAUUUUUAAUAAUUGACGUCGAUCCUACGAUCAGAAAUACGGUAUGGUCGCUUACAAUUGGAUUUACUCUGAAUAUGAUGCCAUUAACUGGUGUUAGUCAGCAGGCAGCACAGAGAUUCAAUAGCUGUAAAAGUGCAAGAGAUGGAAUAAAAGCGAUGUAUCUCCAUCUAUUCUUUUCGGAACUUAUUGUUAUUAUUCUCGCAUUCUCUGCUAUAAUUAUUUAUGCAGUGUAUGCCACUUGUUCGCCAUUGGCGGAAGGUAAAAUAUCAAGUCCUGACCAGUUGAUGCCGUAUUUUGUGGUUGAGCACUUUAAACAUGUUCCUGGAAUAGCUGGACUCUUUAUAGCUGCAACAUUUAGUGGGACAUUGAGCACACUCUCAUCUGGGCUCAAUUCGCUGGCAGCUGUGACUUUCGAAGACUUAAUGAAAAUGUCAUCUCGUGUAACAAAACUUUCUGAUAGAAAAGCGACAGUUAUUCUGAAGAUUCUAGCUGCUGUGUACGGCGUUUUGGCUAUUGUGUUUGUCUUUCUGGUUUCACAAUUUGGGACAUUGAUAACUUUAUCAGUCGGGUUAUCUGGAUUAUUACUUGCGCCUGUUCUUGGUGUAUUCACGCUUGGACUGUUUUUUCCAUGUGCCAAUUCUAAGGGUGCUUUCAUUGGAUUAAUGUCAGGAUUAGGUGUCAGUGCAAUGAUUUUCGUUGGCAACUUAUUCUAUAAAUAUCGUCCUCCACCUCUGCCGAUGUCAAUUGCUGGUUGUAUCGAGCCCAAUGCCACUGUGACGAAUACAACUCUGGCGUACAUAACAGAACUGGUGGAAACUGUCACCAUCUAUGAAAAUUUGAGUACAUUACCAUCAACACCACAGACUGAAUCAUAUGGAUUUAAAGAUUUUAUGAAAAUAUCCUAUCUCUGGUAUGGAUUAUUGGAAACCUCAACAGUGCUGAUUGUUGGACUUCUUGUGAGCUUUUUGACAGGAUAUACACGGCCAAAAGAUGUGGACCCGCGUCUUCUAUCUCCGCUGUACACCAAGUACAGUGGAUGUUGUCCCUCAUUCUGUUGCCUACCAAUAACCAGACAUACAGAAGAUAAUAUGCAUCAAGAUGAAGGUGCCAUAGAGUUGCAUAGGUAUAAAGAUAGUCGGUAUAUACAUGUGGCGAAUAAAGACAUGUGA